CUGUAACACUCUCUACUCAGUUCUACAGCUACUGGCCACACAUUCAGUACAGCUGGUCUACUGAGAUGGAAGGUUAUAUCGAAUGAGAAGUUCACCUUCAAAGUGACUGACGAGUGUGGAGCGUUUGAUACAACAGACAUGAGAGUGCGUAUAGUACAAUGCCCGUGUCUGAAUGGUGGCCAAUGCGUACCUCACCCCUACCAUCCACGGGGAUCUGGUUUGUAUCAGUGUAAAUGCGUGAAUGAAUUCAGUGGAGACACAUGCGAGAGGUGCCCUGGACUAGUCUGUCCUCCUCGAAACCUCAGUGUAACAACUUUAAGUUCAACCAAAAUCCAAGUUGAAUGGGUCGAGCCACAAGACAAAGCAUUGGACUAUUAUCUUUUAGAGUAUGGUCCAAAGGAACAAAAACCAAAAAUGCAACGUAUAUCAAAGACUAUGACUAGCUACACUCUAACCGAGUUGCGAAAGUUUACAGAUUAUCGAAUUGGCGUGUCUGUGGUGAAUGCUGAUCGAACAAAGAAAGUUGAAGUCUCAGCUAAAACAGCUGAAGAUGUACCCGAUGCUCCUCCACUUAUAACCGACAUCACUCCUAUUAGCCAUGAUACCAUGAAGGUCACAUGGUCACCAAUAGCCGAGGACAAACGCAACGGUAUCAUCAAAGGUUACAGAAUCUACUACAAAGCAGGAUUACCAGGCGGCAACUGGGGAAAGUGGAAGUCGCUUACUAUAAGGGAAAAAGAUGCUAAAAGUGCUAUCGUUUCAAGGCUGAAGCCGGCUACUUCGUAUUGCUUCAAGAUGUCUGCUUUUACGAGAAAAGGACAGUAUCGUCUCUGGAUGACUUCGGAAUGUUGGAUGAAAAAAACGGCUUUAUACAUGGAGUGAAGAACGAACCCACAAUGAAACGAAAGACCCUAAAUGUGUGUGUGUAUGAAUGUAUGUUUGAUUUUCAACCAAAAGUUAGCCAAAUAUCUAGUAUUAAUGCUUACAAUGUACACUAUGAUUUAUAUUUCACCGAAAACAUUGUAUUUAACAUUAACCUUUACUAAAGUGUGUUUUUUAAAUUACCCACAAUGCACCCGAUAUAUCGAUAUUCAUUUUAUUUACAGAAUUUCUGCAAAGCGCUAUAUAUAGAUAUAUACACACACAUUUUGAGAUUUGGCAUAUACUGAUAGCAUAUCUAGAGUAUUCCCAUCCAACACUUCAGUACCGUAUGAUCUUUUUGUUUUCAAAAUCUUCAUGACGUUAUAUUCGGCACCCACCUUCCC